GUUUGGGACCUGAUCCUGUCUGACUGUCUGCCUGUCUGACUGUCUGACUAUAUCACCCUCCUGUGCUAUACAGUUCUAGUCCCAAGCAGUAUCCAUCAUGUCCGACCCUCUCGACCCCCAUCUCGACCUCAUCAUCUGCUCGACCUGCGGCACGCAGUUCUCGACCCCGUCGCCGCCCCCGAACUGCAAGAUCUGUGAUGACCCGCGACAGUAUAUUCCUCCGACGGGCCAAACCUGGACCACCCUGCGCACCCUCCACAACGCCUCUCCGACCUACACCAACAUCUUCACUCCCCUGCCUCUUCCCCAAGGAAAAAGCAACCUCUACUCCAUCCACACCAUCCCCAAACUCGGCAUCUCCCAGCGCGCCUUCCUCCUCCUCACCCCCCACGGCAACGUCCUCUGGGACUGUCUCACCUACCUGGACGAUGAGACUAUCCGCCGCAUCAGCGCCCUCGGGGGUCUGCGCGCCAUUGUCAUCUCUCAUCCGCAUUACUAUACCUCCCAUGUCGUCUGGGGGGAGGUGUUUGGGUGUGAUGUUUUCCUGGCCGCGGAGGAUAGGGAAGACGAUAUAAUAGCCAUCAAAACCGGCGGUCACUUCCCCGGCAGUUGCGUCCUCUGGUGGAGGAGCCAGAAGGUCAUGUUCCUGGCUGAUACCAUCGGGACGGUGCCCAGUGGGAUUUAUCAUGUGGGGAGGGAGCCGGGGACCGCCAGUUAUACCUUUAUGUGGAGUUAUCCGAAUAUGAUCCCCCUCCCCCCCGACGACGUGCACACCAUCUGGAAAUCCAUCCGCCACACCGACUUCGACACCGCGUACGGGGCGUUCGUGGGGAUGGACACCCACGGCCACUGCAAGAGGCGCGUGCUGGAGAGCGCCAAGAUCUUUGUCCGGGCGAUGGGGUAUCGUGAUCAUGCCAUUCAUGGGGAAGAGUGUGAUUGAGAAGUAGUAUUAUUAGCAUUAGUAUUAGUAUGAAUGGGAUGGUUGUAUACAUGGAUAUGGUUUAUAGUUGGGGGUGGUGACGGGUAUGGAUGAUGUGUGGAGGAUUGAGGUGGUGGGUUGGAUGAUGAUGAUGAUGAUGAUAUAGCUGAAUAG